AUAAACAUCAAAACAAUGGAAACAAUUAACUUUGCAUGGUUGCUUUUGAUAUUAGCUGCCACAUUGCAUGCAGUGAAAGCUAAAUAUCACUUAAGCAGUCAUACAGUUGAUGUUCCAACCACCAUAAAGGAAACACAUCUCCAUUUCUUCAUGCACGACAUCAUUUCCGGUAACAACCCAUCUUCUGUCAUUGUAGCAAAAGCAAACAGCACGGUUAUCAAAGAAAGCAACAACAUUGUCCCGUUUGGGGCAGUUUACGUGUUUGAUGAUCCACUAACGGAGGGGCCUGACCCGAAUUCAAAGGUUAUUGGUAAUGGGCGUGGCUUGUAUGCGUCAGUCAGCCGCGGGUCGGACUUGACCCUGAUGUUCAAUGGUGAUUUAGAGUUUACGAGUGGCGAGUUUAAUGGGAGUUCCAUAAGUGUGGUUUCUAGAGAUCCGUUGGUGUUGGUUAAGGAGCUGGCGGUCGUUGGUGGUAGAGGGAAGUUCAGGAUGGCAAAGGGGUUUGUUUGGACUAAUGCCGUUUACUUUAAUGUUACAACAGGUGAUGCAAUUCUUGAAUACAAUGUGACCAUUUUUCAUUAAUAAAACAAAGAUACAAGGUUGUGAAAGACCGUGGUAACUUUGUAAAGUAUUCUAUGUUGUAUCUGUAAUAUGUAAUAUGAGUCAAGUUAUUCUACAAAGGCUUCUAACUG